CGUUUCGUCGAGACCCAGGCCCCAGCUGACAGGUGCUUGCGAUACAUUCAAGAUUUGAGUUACAUAAUGUGAACAUGAACAUGGCGUUUGUUAGUAAAAUUCGCUUUUUGGUUUUAGUUAAUAUUUUCUACCCCGUGUUUGUGUCGUCCGUUUGGGUUAAGAAUGUAAAAAGCGUUGUACAGUGUUCCAAUAAAGACGAUACUAUAUCCGCCGAAAUCUACGCGAUUGAAUCAUCAAGUUUCAUAUUAAGAAUGUGCGGGUGCAAUGGGUACGACAUUAUCCCAAAAAAUUUCCGACAAGUAACUGUGGCACACAAAUCGUGUGAAUUCCCUGUGAUUCGUAUUGAAAUUAAUCGGAAUACAUCUGAACUUAAUUGUGUUUUGUCUAAACCUAUUGAUAUCGAUCUUUUUCGCUAUAACGGACUAAUACUUUGUCCUAGCGAAAACAAAACUUGGGACACCGCUGUGGUUUUAAAAUCGACGUUAAGACCUCCGGCAAAUCGCUCAGCUCCAGACAUUGAAUCGAUCGUGUCAACAAGAGCUGACUUUCGACCGGCCGUCAUAACAGGACUGCGCGUUGAGGAGACAGCUGAAAAAGAAGUGUUUUAUGAAGACGGAGUUUCAGUCUUUCUGGCUGGUACACUAGUAGCUGUGCGCUUGUUUGGCUACGACUUCAGCGAAACUUCGGAAUUCCGGUUUGUUUUUGUUCCCCGUGAAAGAGGGUCGGACUGUGAAGAUUUGCCCUUCACAGUCACAAUUCAGCUGAACAAUGGAUCGUUGACUACGCACUCGUCUUUAGUUCAUUUUCGUCUGCCCAUCUCAGAUCAAAUUAACAGUGGAAAUUCGGAAGAAGGAUCAUCGGCGUUUUAUGUUUGUACUUUAGCACGGUUAAAUGGUUUGAACCGGUGGUUUCAUCAAGGCAAAGAACCUGGAUUGAAACUGCGAACUUACCAGCGUUCUCUCCCCAUAUGGAUUCAAGUGUCCAUCAUAACCAUUUUGUUAUCCUUAUCUGGACUUUUCUCUGGUCUCAAUUUAGGACUCAUGGGUCUCGAUCGCACCGAACUGAAAAUUUACGAAAAUACUGGAUUAGAAAGAGAGAGACGUUUUGCUAAGACCAUAAUCCCUAUAAGAAAUCACGGAAAUUAUCUGUUAUGCACUUUACUUCUGGGCAACGUACUCUUCAAUUCUACACUUACUAUCCUAUUGGAUGAUUUAACAUCUGGUCUCAUCGCAAUUAUCGGAUCAACCUUGGGAAUCGUCAUCUUCGGUGAAAUUAUCCCUCAGUCGUUAUGUUCACGAUUUGGACUAGCCAUAGGCGCGCAUACGGUUUGGAUUACAAAGUUUUUCAUGCUGAUUACCUUUCCCAUGGCAUAUCCAAUCUCUUUGAUUCUUGAUCGAAUUCUGGGAAAAGAGAUUGGUGCAUUUUACGACCGAGAAAGACUGAAAGAGCUGAUAAAGGUCACGAAUGAGUAUCAUGGCUUGGAGAAAGAAGAAGUUAACAUAAUCGCUGGGGCUUUAGAACUCCGUCGGAAAACCGUGGGAGAUAUUAUGACGAGGUUGGAGGACGUUUUCAUGCUGAGCUAUGAAUCAGUUUUGGACUUCGAGACAGUUUCAGAGAUAAUGAAGCAAGGUUUCUCGCGAAUACCCGUCUACGAGGAGCAACGCAAUAAUAUAAUAGCUCUGUUGUUCAUAAAAGAAUUGGCUCUGGUAGAUCCUGACGAUGCAACUCCGUUGAAGACCUUGUGUCAGUUUUACCAAAAUCGAUGUAACUUCGUCUUCGAGGACACAACACUUGACGUGAUUUUCAACGAAUUUAAAGAAGGCCACAAGGGUCAUAUGGCCUUUGUUCAGCGAGUGAAUUGCGAAGGAGACGGUGACCCGUUUUAUGAGACGGUGGGAUUGGUAACUCUAGAAGACGUCAUUGAAGAAUUGAUCCAGGCUGAAAUUGUCGAUGAAACUGACAUAUGGAUGGACAAUCGAAGUAAACGUCGUCGAGAGAAGGGUUGCAAGGUUUUGCAAGACUUCAGUAACUUUGCUGUGCGCCAUCGCGUGAAGCCUGCUCAUAAAAUCUCUCCCCAGUUAGCUUUGGCCACUCUACAGUUUCUCACUUCCUCUGUCGAUCCAUUUAAGACUGAGUGGAUAUCUCAAAAUAUUCUUCUUCGAUUAAUACAGCAAAGUUCGACCAUCCGAUUUAUUCGCGUUAAGAAAAAGGACAAUUCAAAAUCUGAUCCGGAAACGCUACUGUUUCAGCAGGGAAAGCCCGCUGAUUACUUUAUCCUUAUUCUUGAAGGCCGCGUGGAAGUGACAGUUGGAAACGAAAAUUUGUUUUUUGAGAGUGGACCAUUUACCCAUUUUGGUGCUCAGGCCUUGACGUCAUCCUACUCAUCGGCUACGGGAGAAUCGUCAUUUGCCAACCAGUUCUUUCAUGGCAGCGUACAAUCAAUUCACUCUCCAAUCAUCGAUGAAUUUGACAUUGGCGAUAAUGGAAGCAAAGCUGCACGUGGACAGGCGUUUGUUGUUGAUUAUACUGUUCGUGCGGUCAGUGAUCUAGUGUAUUUUCACAUGAGCCGAUCCCUGUACCAAGCAGUCAGAAGUGCUACCGUCCUAGAGCGGGUACAGCGUGAAGUUGUGCCACGAACGACGGAAUGCGAAUCUGCUUUCAUGUCUAGCAGAGAAGAUUCUGAUACGUCUGUAAAUUUGACGAACGGGUUUUCACCUAUUGAGUUACAACCUGACAGUUCUCGUUGUAAUUCUAACUGCCUCCUGACUAGAUCUGAUCCGGAAAAAGAAAGCCUACUAAGUAGUUCACGAGGUAGUUCAUUACCUAGUACCCCAAAUGUUUGUGUGGUCGAUAGUCGAUACAAAAGAAAUGACGUUUUCAGUAGUUGUUCACCCCAGACCAUCAUUAAUCAUCAAAAUGAUACUGGAAAUUACUCUUUUCCACACCGUUCUGAUCGAUAAUUCCUUGGAUAAUUCGAUUUAGUGAAAUAUUUGAUGAAAACUGGGAAAACAGUUGAACAAAUAGUUCGUCUACAACCGCUGGCGUGCUCAAAUAUUAGUGAAAUUGUCGGAGAACGAUUAAUGUGGAUGCAUCCUAUAAAUGUGGUACCACUUCUUGACAUUCCCGCUGAUAAAAUAAUAAUGUAGAAAAGGGAAGGUGCAAGACGAUGCGCACUACUAUGGUUUGUUGUUUUAUCAAUCUAAAUUUGUUUUAGUAGUGAUUGAAAAUCUAGAACUUUCAUUGUCAACACAUUCACACAGUCGAUUUUUUUAUUGGUUAUUAAAAAUAAACCACAAACAUAUGUAUUCCUUUAA